AUCGACUGGUUGCUGUUUAGUAGUUCCGACGUAUUUGCAGGGGUCUGUUUACGUGUCGAUAGUAAUGGCUUCUCCUAAUUUAGAAGAGUUAUUUGAGGAUUCAAGGAUUACACAAUGGGAUUGGACAUUGCUGUUGUUGGUAUUUUACACCCCUUUAGGGCUGUUGUUGCUAGUAAUGAGAAUAUUUGCUCUCAUUCAAUUCUAUCUCAUGUUUCUGUACAUGCCAUACCAACCUAUCAAAAGGUACUUGUUGAGGGUGUGUGGAUUCAUGCUGGGCGUCUUUGUGAAUGAGAAAUACUCAAACAAGGCAGUUGUUCAAGAAAAUGCUGUCUGGGUCGCAAAUCACUGCAGCCCCUUUGAUUCAAUUGUGCUUCAAGUUAUUGCAGAUAAGAAAGGAGUCAUCACCACCUUUCCAGAGGAAGAAACAACAACAGCCAAAUCAGGACUUCUCAAAUUUCAGCUCAGAAGCUUUGAACAACACAAACGAAACAACCCGAGCCUUCCGGUUCAGCCGCUCUCUUUGAGGAUUUCACGUCCUUUCCCGUCUUUUGCCAUCACAGUUCUUGACAGCCAGUCCUGGACGGAUGUGUUCUUCCUCCUUUUCAGCCCCUGCACAAUUUUCAACAUUAAAUUUCUGGAACCGACUCAAUGCCGUGAAGAUGAAGAACUCGAAGCUUACGUCAAUCGGAUAGAAUCGACUGUCAGCCAAGACCUCGGCGUUACCGUUACAUCUUUCACAGCCAAAGACAAGGCUGAACUAAUCAAAAGAAAACGAUUUGAAGCUCAACCUCCUCGCCCUGUUCAACGACCCAACAAUCGAUGGCAAGUGAUGGCCAGUCAGGUCAAAGAAGUGCUACCACAUGUACCGAUGGCUGUCAUUUUGAGCGAUCUAAGUCGCACUAAUAGUGUGGAUGCCACGGUGGCAAAUUUAGUGGAAGGUGUUGUCCCUUUCAUUCCCGAGCCUGUCGUGACGAGGGUAGAGAGCGCUCCGUCGGGGCCGUCGUCACAAGCUGGCCCUUCCAACUUUAAACCGUUGGGUGCUUCGUCGCAGUUGCAACAAGUUGCUGCGUCUUCUUUCAGCAAAUUGGUUCACGAGCGUGGCCUGUCAUUGCAGGAACGAAAACAGCGCUUAAUGCGCCAAGCCCAGCUGCGUUACUGUGAACGGCAUGGCCUUCAAAUAUCGGGAAUAAAUUGCUGAAAAUGUCAAACAAAAAAACAACAACAAUAACACGCUGUAAAAGAUUACAAUGCUUCACUUCUCUCCCACCCCCUUCCCGAGAUAUCUUUCGUUUAUUGUGUUUUUUUUUUUUUUUUUUGCUUUGUUUUAGACGGUUUCUCUUUCUUUUUUCUUAUUCCCUCCAACCUGUAUUGUGUUUAUUUGUCCAGCGGGAUUCAAAAAUCAUCGUAUCUCUUGUACUACCGUCUAAAUAUUUGAGCAACUCACUUAUUGAACGCAACCGUCGACACAACCAUCUGUACAUACAUAUAGAUUUGGAUAGAUUCAAAUAGCUUUUUGGAAUUUAGAAAUUCAGUCGCGUUCGGUUCGUCAAAAUACACACACAUCUUAUUUGGUGGCAAAAAAACAUU